AUGAAAUACUUGCCCGAAUUCAUAAACCAUUUCGAACCCUUCUUCUUCGUAAUGGUAAUGGGCACAGGAAUAUCCUCCGAUUUACUUCAUUCUUUCCCCUACCCAGCUUGCUGGUUGAAAAUAUGUUCCUACAUAAUGUUCGCCAUCGCAUGCAUAAUAUUCGUCAUUUUACAAAUAUUCGCCAUAUUACAUCUAUUCAUAUACUCCAGUGAAAAUGGAUUCCAAGCAUAUUUUAACCACUAUUUUAGAAAUUUGAAUCAUAACGUUUUUUGGGGUACAUACCCCAUGGGUCUCGUCACUUUAAUCAAUUACAUCUCCAUGAUUGCCAUCAAAGAAGCCGCAGGGACUGUCCAUGCAAAGAGAUUGAUGUAUUUAGUAUAUAUAAUGUGGUGGUAUGACGUUCUCAUCUCUUUGUUAUCAGCUUGGGGGAUCUCAUUCAUCAUUUGGCAAGAUUAUAAUUAUACCGAGAACAAAAAUAAAAACAAGGAUUGUAGAAGUAAUUCUAAUCAAGAAAAUUUAGAAAUCACAAGGAGUUUCCUAUCAAGGAAGACCGCUCAUAGUCAAUUGAAAAGUAUCCUAUUAUUGGCUGUUAUACCCAUCGUGGUUGUCGCAUCAAGUAGUGGGAUUUUCACAAUGACAGAUUUAUUUUCUAUCCAUUUCAAUAGGAAUAUUCAAUUGUUAACAUUGUUCGUUACUGCAUUGUUGUGGUUACAUGCUAUCAUUUUUGUUUUCAUUUUGAUCUCCAUUUAUUUCUGGAAUCUUUACGUUAAUAAGAUCCCUGCCAUGUCACAAGUAUUCACUUUGUUUCUAGUGUUGGGUCCCCUGGGACAAGGUAGUUUUGGUAUACUAUUAUUAACGGAAAACGUUAGAAAAUAUGUUCAAAGAUAUUAUCAAACUAAUACCGGCACCGCAAUAUCGUUAGAACAACAAAUUUUAACUUUAUCAAUCCCAUGGUCUUUCAAAGUCAUGGGAUUAGUCUUAGCCUUGGGCUUAUUAGCCAUGGGUUAUUUCUUCUCCUUCAUAUCAUUUAUUUCAAUCAUUUCGUAUAGCCAAAAGAGAGAAAUUGAUCCAGAAACGGGAAAAUAUAAAAGAAUUUAUCAUUUCCAUAAGGGAUUUUGGGCAAUGACUUUCCCCAUGGGGACAAUGUCCUUGGGGAGUACAGAAAUAUUUGUUCAAUAUAAUGAAUAUGUCCCCACGGGUGCAUUCAGAGUCAUCGGAACCAUUUACGCAGUCAUUUGUAUAUUAUGGACUAUAUUUUGUUUACUCGGUUCAGCUUAUAUUUAUUGGAUUCCUGGUAUGAAAAGCCUGUUGCAAUCCGCUUAUAACAAUAAUAAAGAAAAUUCUGGUAAUAACGAUCCAUCAAUAUCUGAUUCAACUACCAUGGAUAAACCAAGUAUCGAACUACCGUAUUAUGAAGGAAGUGACAACGAAGAUAACGACGAAAACGACGAAAAUGAUCGAGAUAGAAACGAUUCAGAUAUUAUAACAAAUAAUUGCAUGUAUUCACCGAAUAUGGUUUGA